AUGGAGAGAAAAAAGAGAAGAAAUAAAGUAGUAAUGAUGGGAUUGGAAAUAGAAACAGGAGAGCAGAAGCAGAUAAUUGGAAAGGUGACAAAAUUUUUAGAAGAGAAAGUCAAAGUAGAGAGUAAAGUUAAAAGCGCGUACAAAAUUGCAGAGAAAGUUUAUGUAGUGGAAUUAGAAAACAGAGAAGAAAAAAUAAAUGUAAUGAAAAGCAAGAAGAACUUAAAAGGGUCGUCAACUUACAUAAAUGAUGAUCUGACGAAAACGGAAAGAAUAAUUCAAAACAAGAUAAAAGAGGAGGCAACAAAAAAGAGAAAUAAAGGAAAAAUGGUUAGAAUGGGAUAUAAAAAGUUAACUGUAGACGGCAGAAAUUUUAAAUGGAAUGAAGAAGAGGGCAGACUUAAGAAGGCAGAAAAUUUUUUAGUAAAGAGCCAAAAGAGAAAGAAGAAAACGAAGAAAAAGGAAAGCAAACAAGGCAAAGGAAAAGAAAAAGGAAUAAAGGAUGUAGAUAGGGAAAUCGGAAAAAGGGAAGCUGGUACAAAAUUAGGAGAAAAAGGGGUGAAGGUACUGUUUUGGAAUGUCCAACGGUUGCGAAAAAAGGAAGAGGAGUUCUGGGACUACGUGGGAAAAUUUGAUGUUGUGGGGUUAGUAGAGACUUGGGUACAAAGAGAAAACUGGGAGAAAUUGGAAGAGACACUACCACAAGAAUAUGUGGGAGAGCAAGCGGGGGAAUAGUAAUGGGAAUUCGAAAAGAAAUGCAAGAAUUGGAAAAGGGAAGUAAUAAUAAAAACGGACUAAUGAAGAAAGUAAUACAGCUGGAUAACGAUGGGAAAUAAUAACCGUUAUAGCAAGAAAAUGGAGGAAACCAAGAUAAACAUAGAAACGGAAACAAAAGAAAAAGGAUAUGGAAAAAUACUUAUAGGAGGGGAUUUUAACGCAAAAUUGGGCGAUAAGGGGACAAGAAUAAUAGAUAAAGAAAAGGGAGAGAAAAGAGGAUCAAAAGAUAAAGCAAAUAACAAAGAAGGGAAAAUAUUGUGGCAGAUAAUA